CACGUUGCGAUUCUAUUCACACCCAGUGGCAAACGGUGUGAUAAAUUUUAGGGUUGUUCGGCAAAAAUGUCCAUGACACUAGUGGCCUUCGUGGCCCUCGUAAUCAUGGCACAGAAUGUGAAAUCCGACGUGGUUAGGAACAAUGGAAACACUACCAGAGCAAUGAACGAUGCUAUCGCAGAGGUGAUGGAGUACGCUGUCAAUAAGGUAACGAGUCUCAACGGAAGGAACAAAACUUUUUUGAAGCUAAAACUGGAAACAAUCGUCCAGGCAGAGGUUGGACCGCUCAUGUACAAUUACACCAUUUGUUUGGAGGAAAUAUUAUUGCGCAUUGAGAAUCCGAGGAUGCAUAAAGACGCGGAUUUGCUUGCUUCGUUCGCACAGUCAUUGAACGUAAACUUGGCUGAAUUGUUGGAAGAGCUACUAGGACUAGUGACGAGCAUUCUUGAUACAAUUGUGAAAAUCUUUACCGGGAAGAUGGCGUACUCCAAGGGUGCCGAGGAGGCCCUUGAUUGCAAGGAAGAGGUGAUCGAGAACAUGAACCAUGCUUUGAGAGUACUCCCACACCCCCAGGCGAGUUUCUUGAUCGCGUUCUGCCUCAGUAUGCCAAACUCGCUUCUGAGUUACCUGCCCUAUCUGAGGAAAGUUGGCGGCUGCUUUCGACCGGGUAUAAAUUCAUAUUAAGCCGCGGUGUUUGCACAAAUGGAUUUAGUUUUUUCAAUGUGCGAUGAUAACUUUGCAAUCACCGUCGGAAUAAUGAUGGACAAGAAAAAACAAAAACAAAUUAGUGAGAAAAAAAGAACACGAGUUGAAAAAAAUACUAGUAAUAAUAAUAAUGUGACAGAAAUAAAAAGAUCUAAUUUAUGAAGAAAAAAACCAUUAUUCAUUUACUUUAUUAAUUUUGACAAUAUCGUAUUACUCGUAUGCUUUGAUUUUUUUGAAUUUAAUUGCACCUUACUCGCUACUUUA